AUGAGUUCCCACCAGCAGAAGCAGCCCUGCACCACUCCCCCCCAGCUUCAGCAGCAGCAGGUGAAACAGCCCUGCCAGCCUCCACCCCAGGAACAAUGUGCCCUCAAAACCAAGGAGCCAUGCCACCCCAAGGCUCCAGAGCCCUGCCACCCCAAGGCUCCAGAGCCCUGCCACCCCAAGGCUCCAGAGCCCUGCCACCCCAAGGUUCCUGAGCCAUGUCUCCCAACGGUCACUCCAGCGCCAGCUCAGCAGAAGACCAAGCAGAAGUAAUGGGGUCCAUAGCCAAGCAAGCCCUUGGGGAGCCAACCACCGGAUGCUGAAUCCCCUCUCCCAUUCUGCUUCUGUGUCUUACUUACAAUUAGCAUGCUGUCACCCUGAGUCAUACCUUCCCUCUUUGCACCCUCUACAAGAUUUCCCUCCCAUUGCUCUAGAGGGCUCUGAGCCUCUGAAUGAUGCUGAGAGUCUCACUGGCUGAGCUACUCUUUUAAGUGCUCAGGGCUCAUCUAAAGAGGGGCCUGGGGAUCAAGUGGAUCUUUCCUGCCUUCUCCCCAUUAAACCACU